CCAGCCACGCCGUAAUCGUCUUUGUGCCCUCGUGCAUAGAAAGGCACAAUGUCGCUGAAACAGGAAAUCGAGACUUGGGUAGCCGCCCUGGCUCGUUAUGACAACAAUGAGUUCGACGAUGCUCUUGGCGAAUUCGACAAAAUCGGCGAUACGAGCAAGAUUCUCUUCAACAUGGGCGUUAUCCACGCCACACUGGGCGAGCAUGAGAAAGCUGUCGAGUGUUAUCAGCGAGCCAUCCGACUGGAUCAAUACCUAGCCGUCGCAUACUUCCAGCAGGGCGUUUCAAAUUUCCUGCUGGGCGACUUCGAAGAGGCUCUGGCCAACUUUAACGAUACGUUGCUGUAUCUGCGAGGUAACAGCGUGAUCGACUAUGCCCAGCUUGGCCUCCUCUUCAAGCUCUACUCGUGCGAAGUCCUGUUCAAUCGAGGAUUGUGCUACAUCUAUCUGCAGCAAAAAGAGGCUGGUAUGCAGGAUUUGGCGUAUGCCGUCAAGGAAAAAGUCGUGGAAGACCACAACGUCAUCGACGAAGCUAUUCGAGAGGAAGCUGAGGGCUAUACGGUAUUUUCUAUCCCUGUCGGAGUUGUGUAUCGACCGAACGAAGCCAAAGUCCGCAAUUUGAAAACCAAAGAUUAUCUCGGCAAGGCCAGAUUGGUUGCGGCCUCGGACCGAUCCAAUGCGUUUACCGGAUUUGCCGGCUCUGAGAUGAAGAAUGCCAAAGCAGAGGCUAAAGACGACCGACCAACCGAAAAUCUAUCUUUCGCUGCGACAAAUCUGGUCAAGCCCGGUAUUCAGUCCAGAAGACAGCAAUCCGAGCCUCCAAACAACCGUAGCAACGCUUUCCCUCCAACUCCUCCUCCUGAAAACGAUCGACCAAGCCGGGGUGCUUCUGUACGGAGCGCUGGACCGAGACCGAAUGUCGGGAAGCUCAGCAUUCAGACACAAGAGAGCAGCAGGAGGUAUGAGAAGGCAGUGUCCCCACAAGAACGAUCGAAACAACAUUCGCGAUCAGCAUCCGCCAAUCCUUCGAGGGGCUUCUCUACGAGAGAACCCCCACGAAGGCAAAGAGCUAUUGAGGAAGAGUCCCCAUAUGGCGAUGAGGGAUACGAUAUGUAUGAUGGCGGGCGAGGAAGCAAGCAGUCUCGAUCCAGACAACAGCGAUACGAUGAUGAGGACGAUGGUUCGGACUAUGAUUAUGGAUCCUUUGACGAAGGCGAAUUCGAAAUGGUAUCGAGCGUGCGACGCGGUCCUGGGUCUGUUUCCCGACCUUCCCGUGCGGCGUCGCGACGACCUGAUAUUCGGAAGAUCCGUGUCAAGGUUCACUCGGAUGAUGUGAGGUAUAUCAUGGUUGGUACAUCGAUCGAGUUCUCGGACUUUGUGGAUCGCAUCAGAGACAAAUUUGGCCUGCGAAGACGGUUCAAGAUCAAGAUGAAGGACGAAGACGUGCCAGACGACAUGAUUACGAUGGGCGACCAAGAUGACUUGGACGUGGCGAUUCAGAGCGCAAAGAGCCAAGCAAAGAGACAGAGGCUGGAUGUUGGAAAAAUGGAGAUUUGGGUUAUUGAAGUCUAGAUCGCGUUAUACCCUAUUCGAUGAUUUCGAAUAUAAGCAGAGCGAACUUUUUCUUGGUCACGAUAUCGGCCAUGACAUCUUGGCGACAUGGCUUAUCGUUUCCCCUUCUUCGGUCCUUUCAACAUCACUGCGCUUGCAACGAUGCGUCCUCAGCUGUAGAUGCUUAGACCGCUUGGUUUAUCCGAAACGACCGCGACAUUGCAAAGUGUCUUUUUUUUUUUUUCCCUCUUCUUGCCUUUUUUUUUUAUCUGUGUUUUAUUUUAGGACAUGGCGAUGGACUUUUUUCUUAUUGUACCGUUGUUUGAACGGACAACAUAAUAGGCAACCAAAACAGGAGAGCAGUGCCGCGUGGGAUGCUCAAGUGUAGGUGGAAUAAUAUAUCCUUCAGAGGAUCUGUUCUGGUUACUGUCUUAUUUUGUUUAUAUCUGCAUGUUAUUUUGUUUCUUUAUGGUGGAUGCCGGUGAGAUAGAAAGGCAGUCCCAUUAUGAGUGCAUGGAGAGCAGUGCUCUCACGCAUUCGUCUCGGGACAGUCGAGUUGGUUGCUGAAAAGAUGCUAGAUAGAAAAGAGGUGGACCCUGCGGUCAUACCUGGAGGGCACGAUGGCCCAUCUGGUUGGAAGAGUUUAGACAGCCUUGGCCUGAGGCUAUUUAUGUGCAAUGACUACCCAAUUACUACCCUUCAAGCUCUGUCUUUUCUUCUACGUGCAGCGAAUACGAAUAGCAGAUGCCGGAGCAGAGCCGUUAGUUGCAGUCUCGGCUUUGCAGACCCCUGCCCUGAGGAGGGACCAAUAGAUUUGGGCGCAGGCUUUGGCCGAUCAGAAAAUGAAGCGGUGUUAGCGUCUUGUUCCCGGAUUGAGCAGCAGUGGAGUGAUAAGCCGCAUCUGGCAGAGCAGACAGGGGACAAGACCGGAUUUUGCAGAUGCGCCUGAAGGCAGCCUUGCAGCUUUUAUAAGGACGGAACAGUCGGUAAGAGGUUUUGUUGAGAGGCUAGGCAUGGAUAUGGGACAUGGGUGCUAUGGAAGCUUCAAGAACGACCAUUUGUAUGAGAUGGGUGCUCGAAGCUUCUGCUAGGUAUCGUUGCUGCCUGAAUGAAAGAGAGAAGACAGAAGAGGUGAUGGAUGAUGAGCGUUUACGAGAGUGCUAUAAGCCAUUUCGGUUUAUAGACACCCAGAGAAUCUCUCUUCUGCCCUGCUUUCUCCGACUCCUUGUUCCUGCAUGGAAUCCUUCUCGGCUGCAUAUCCCACUGGCUGACUGGGUAGCACUGCGCGAUACUCGCACACACUCACAGCGAUCCGGCUGCUGUCAAAAUUCGUGAUGGACGCCGCCAGCUUCCUACUCCAAACUAGCAUCUGGCUCGGCGCGCGGGUACCUGGAACCGGCGCCUCUGCGUCUGCGAUCUGCGAGAUUCUGGCGCCAUGGCUGGGGGACUUGGUGUUGCAGUGGCGUGAACCUUUUGAGAAAUUUUUCUCAUCAUUUUUUCCAAACAGCACAGUAUGGUUACAAAAUAUGAGUUGGAAAGUGCACAUCGAUUCAUUUUUUCUGGGGAAGAUGUAAUUAUGGAGCGACGCGAGUCGUUUUUUCUUCCCUCUUCUACGACGGUCCGAAGAGAAAUACUGGAGACUUUGCUUGCUAUACGAACGUUAUUGGCGCGGAGGACAACCAACUUUUUUUCAGCGUGGGUACAAGCCACUAAAACGGUUUUGUUUCACCGUUGCAAAGGUUAAUGCCUUUGACGCCGUCUUUUCGCACACCAUGGACACGUCAGUUGUAAGUGUAAAUGUCUCA